GGAUUUCAGGCGCAGAACAUCAUUCGCUUUGUAUUCUUCGUUGUGUUUACUUCGUUAAUUCAAAACUAAAUCAAAAAUGUCAGGACGUGGCAAAGGUGGCAAAACCAAGGGAAAGUCAAAGACCCGCUCCAACCGGGCUGGACUCCAGUUCCCAGUCGGUCGUAUCCAUCGGCUUUUGCGCAAAGGAAACUACGCCGAGCGUGUGGGUGCAGGUGCUCCAGUUUACCUAGCCGCAGUUAUGGAAUACUUGGCUGCCGAAGUCUUGGAGUUGGCCGGAAACGCAGCUCGUGACAACAAGAAGUCGAGAAUCAUCCCCCGUCAUCUCCAACUCGCCAUCAGGAACGACGAGGAAUUGAACAAGCUUCUCUCUGGAGUCACCAUCGCCCAGGGUGGUGUUCUCCCCAACAUCCAAGCUGUUCUUUUGCCCAAGAAAACCGAAAAGAAAGCUUAAAUUUUCUACCCACCUUUCAAACAAUCGGCCCUUUUCAGGGCCACCAAAUAUUUUUACGUUUGAAUUCUAUGUUCUUUACAUUAAUAUUUAAAGGACAACUAAUAUUAAUAAUAAUUUAA